AGAAGUGCGAAAUUCACUAUUUGUGGUGGCGGCUCUAUUAGCCACUAUUACAUUUACUGCUGGUUUUACUCUUCCUGGCGGAUUAAAUCAAGAAAGCGGGGAAGCACUUUUAGCCAAAAAGGUUGCAUUUUUGGUAUUUUUGAUGUCUAAUACAUUGGCUAUGUGUACUUCCAUGUUGGUUUUGAUUUGCCUUGUAUGGUCUAUGGUCCAAGAUUCGAGUAAUUCGUUGUUAUUGAUUGAUCGUAGCAUGGUGUUACUCAUGGUAGCGUUUUACUCCACUAUAUUAGCAUUUAUGACUGGGGUCUAUGUGGUUAUAUACCCAAAGGUUCUUUGGGCAGUCAUCAUAAUCAUCAUAAUGUGCUCUCUUAUUGGAGUUUCGGCGAACAGAACCCUCUUGUACAAAGUGCUAUCGAUCUCUUCAGCAAAGAAAAAGCAAAAUCAGAGAGACCCAAUGUAUCUGCUUGAAUUGGGUAAAGCUUUUCCGUGUUGCGAAGGCAGUAGUAGCCAGAAUGUUGAGUGAAUUGAAGCAACAAAUAAAUUCAAUAAAAUUCUUGUAGGUAUUGAAUUCUUGUGGUGUUUAGCACUUAUCAUGAGUACUUAUUACAUGAUA